CCGCCUGGCGUCACUUCCGUCCACCCCGGAACCCAAGAUGGCUGCGCUCUUGCUGAGACACGUUGGCCGUCAUUGCCUCCGAGCCCGCCUCAGCCCGCAGCUCUGUAUCAGAAAUGCUGCUCCUUUGGGAACCACAGCCAAAGAAGAGAUGGAGCGUUUCUGGAAUAAGAAUGCAAGUUCCAACCGUCCUUUAUCCCCCCAUAUCUCUAUCUACAGUUGGUCUCUUCCCAUGGCAAUGUCCAUUUGCCAUCGUGGCACCGGUGUUGCCCUGAGUGCAGGGGUCUCUCUGUUUGGCCUGUCGGCCCUACUGCUCCCUGGAAACUUUGAGUCCCAUUUGGCCCUUGUGCAGUCCCUGUCCCUGGGGCCUGCGCUGAUCCACACGGCCAAGUUCACACUGGUCUUCCCUCUCAUGUAUCACACCUGGAAUGGCGUCCGGCACCUGAUGUGGGACCUUGGAAAAGGUCUGAAGAUCCCCCAGCUGUACCAGUCUGGAGUGGUUGUCCUGGUUCUUACUGUGUUGACCUCUUUAGGGCUGGCAGCCAUGUGAAGAGCUAAAGUUCCUAGCAUCAUCUUCCUACAAAUUAUAUCAUUGAUUUAUAUUCCUGUUUGUCAUUCCUGUCUGGGUUGUUUAUUCUUUCUGUGCUCGCAGAUCCCCAUGGAGCUCUAGAGCAGUAGGGUAGCUGGUAGAACCAUAGCAGAGGGAUAGGACCCAGUCUCCCGCCUUGUUUCUAAAGAUGGAGUAGCUGCAAAAAUUUGAUUGUCCUGCCCACAGCUCACAGCCUACUCUGGGCCUCAGAGCCCUGAUCCCCUCUCCAUACUUGGCUGAUAUGUGCUGAGGGUCAGCUUUUGGCUCCUUCUUCCCGAGAAGAGGAAACAAUGCCAGCUCUGUGGCCUCUGCUCUGAGGACUGGGGUUGAGACUUUGGGUGCCACUGCCUGUGGGUUGUUGGCUUAAAGGACAACCCUGUUCAUUGGUCAGAGCCCAGGGCCUUUUGUACCCACACAGUGUGACUGAAAGAAAAGAUGGGAGGUUGGAGGGAUUGACCUGUCCAGCUAGAAGGAGAUAAAACGGGUGACUUGGUUCUUGGGCAGAUGCUUUAGAAACAAGAUAUAUAGCUUUUGAUGCAAGACAAAGACCCAGAAAAUGAUUGUUGAAUAUAUUAAAGAUUAUUUUUUUUCUUGA